UUACAACUGUUAUUGGUGGCAUCUUUCUCUAAGGCUGAGGAGCCCAUGUGCAGGCGAAGAGGGGACCCUGAGAAUCCCCAGUUAUCUAAAGAUGGAGAUAUUAUCCUGGGAGGAAUGUUCUCUUUCCACAGCAGCUGGAAAGACAGAAAGGAUACCUACAUGCAGAAACCACAGCCACUGCAAUGCACCAGUUUGAAUUUCAGAGAGUUCCAGGUUGCCCAGUCUAUGCUUUUUGCCAUUGAGGAGAUUAAUAACAGUACAGACCUACUGCCAGGAGUCUCUCUGGGCUAUAAAAUGUAUGAUACAUGUGGGUCCAUUGCCCAGAGCAUAAAAGUUGCAAUUGCCUUGAUGAAUGGUAAUGAAGUUUCUUCUGCAGCACCUGCUGUCCCAUGUACCAGACCGGCACAAGUGCAGGCCAUAAUGGGAGAGACGUCUUCCUCUCCUUGCAUGGCAAUAGCUACUGUAAUUGGCCCAUUUUAUAUACCAAUGAUCAGCCACUUUGCCACAUGUGCUUGUCUCAGUGACAAAACCAAGUACCCAUCCUUCCUCAGAACAAUACCCAGUGACUACUACCAGAGCAGAGCCCUGGCCUAUUUAGUAAGGUACUUUGGUUGGACUUGGGUUGGUGCUAUCAGAACCAAUGAUGAUUAUGGAAAUAAAGGCAUUGCCACAUUCACAGAAACAGCACAGCAGCUGGGCAUCUGUCUGGAGUAUUCAGUGUCUUUUUUUAGAACAGAUCCAUAUGAAAAAAUACAAAAAAUAAUUGACAUUAUAAAAGCUUCAACCUCCAAAGUGAUAAUUGGGUUUCUGUCCCACUUUGACAUGGAUGUCCUAUUGCAUGAGUUUUCCAACAACAACCUGACUGGGUACCAGUGGAUAGGCAGUGAGUCUUGGAUAUUUGAUUCUCAAACAGCAGCAAUAGAUGUGCAUCACAUACUGGAUGGCGCCAUAGGCCUUUCUGUCCCCAAAGCACAUGUCAGUGGCCUGAGAGAGUUCAUGCUGGAUGUGAAGUUGCUCAAUUCAUCUAAUAAUGAAGUGUUUACUGAGUUCUGGGAGACAUUAUUUAGUUGUAAGUUUAAGCAGUCAAAAUCUUCAGCAGAGAUUGAGAGAGAGUGUACUGGAGAUGAAGAUCUGACUGGAGUUCAAAACAGCUUCACUGACAUGUCACUCAUGCCUAUCUUUAACAAUGUCUAUAAAGGAGUGUAUGCAGUGGCUCAUGCACUUCACAAUAUCCUCAGCUGUAAUAAAAACUGCAACAAGAAUGUGCAGCUAAAUCCAUUCACGAUUUUACAGCGCAUUCUAAAUAUUUACUUCAAAACAAAGGAAGGAGAUGAGGUGUACUUUGAUGAGAAUGGAGAUCCAGCUGCAAAGUAUGAAAUUAUAAACUGGCAGCCAAGAGAAAAUGGUAUUGUGGAGUUUGUCAAAGUGGGUCUUUAUGAUGCAUCACUCCCUCCAGAAAAACAGCUGAGCCUACAAAAUAACUCAUUGAUUUGGGCAAGGAACUCAAAGCAGGUUCCUGUGUCCGUUUGCAGUGAGAAGUGUCCCCCAGGAACACGCAAGGUUUUCGAGAAAGGAAGGCCUGUUUGCUGCUAUGACUGCAUAAGAUGUGCAGAGGGAGAGAUAAGCAACAUUACAGAUUCUGUCACCUGUGUGAGAUGUCUCCCUGAAUUUUGGUCAAAUCAGAGAAGAGACACCUGUAUCAAGAAGGAGGCAGUGUUUCUAUCAUAUGAAGAAAUUAUGGGAGCACUCCUCACUGCAGCAUCUUUAUUUGGAACAAGCAUGACUACUGGCGUAGCAUUAAUAUUCUUCAAAUAUAGGAAAACUCCGAUUGUCAGGGCAAAUAACUCUGAGUUGAGUUUCCUGCUGCUCUUCUCCUUAACUCUGUGCUUCCUGUGUUCUCUGACCUUCAUCGGUCAGCCCUCUGAUUGGUCCUGCAUGCUGCGCCAUGUAGCAUUUGGCAUCACCUUUGUCCUCUGUAUCUCUUGUGUUCUGGGGAAAACAAUGGUGGUUUUAAUGGCUUUCCGGGCUACCCGUCCAGGUAGUAAUGUUAAGAAAUGGUUUGGACCUACACAGCAGAGACUCUGUGUUACAAGUUUCACUCUUAUCCAAGUCAUUAUAUGUAUCAUCUGGUUAACAGUUUCCCCUCCUUUUCCAUUUAAAAAUUUUAGGGAGUUUAAGGACAAGAUCAUCUUAGAAUGUGCUCUGGGCACAUCUGGAGGAUUUUGGGCUGUGCUUGGCUAUAUAGGACUUUUGUCUGUGUUAUGUUUUAUUUUUGCUUUUCUGGCUCGGAAACUGCCUGAUAAUUUCAAUGAAGCCAAGUUUAUCACCUUUAGCAUGCUGAUAUUCUGUGCAGUAUGGAUCACAUUUAUCCCAGCGUAUGUCAGCUCUCCAGGGAAAUUCAGUGUAGCUGUAGAAAUAUUUGCUAUUCUUGCCUCCAGUUUUGGUCUGUUAAUUUGCAUUUUUUUUCCAAAGUGUUAUAUCAUCUUACUGAAACCAGAAAGGAACACAAAAAAGAACAUGAUGGGGAAAGGUGCCCCAUGA